CUCGACAGCUGGCAUGCUGUGUCAUCAGUAUGGCCGUCGAGGAAAUCCCACUAAUGACAGCAGAGGAGCAGAGGAAAAGUCAGGCUGACCAACCCGUCAAAAAACGGGCCCUGGAAGCAUGGCGAUUCACCGUGACCAGCGGGGCUCUGGCCGGAGCGCUCAUUUUAAUAAUCAACAUUACCACUUUAGCUGUGGUAUGCGCCAAAUACAGCAUGGUAGAUGAGAGUAUCACGAUAUACACGGGCAAAUGCCGUACAACGCGUACAGUGACGACAAUUGCGCAUGUUAUCAUCAAUAUUCUGAGUACGAUUCUGCUCGCGUACAGCAAUUUUAGCAUGCAGUGCUUGAAUUCGCCUACUAGAAAGGAAAUCGACGCCACCCAUGCAAAGCAUUGUUGGCUCAACAUUGGCACCCCCAGUAUCCGCAAUUUAUUCUUCGUGUCCAAGUGGAAGGCGCUGCUCUGGGUCAUUCUUGCAGCCAGUUCAUUCCCGCUGCAUAUGGUCUGGAACGCGGUGGUCUUUGAGACACAAACGACAAACAAUUAUCUCGCUGUGACGGUGACUGAAAACUUCCUGACUGGAGGAGCUUUUGAUAUUCCUGAAAUCGGACGAGAUGGAUAUGGAUGGUUUAACGUAGACGACAAAGAUGCUUCGGUUGUUGGACCGACUCCAGACUACGAGAGCAUUAUCCAGACGCUUCAGAACCAGACACAGAACAACCAGCUGGAGCGACUGAGUGUACAAGAGUGCAUUGAUGGAUAUUACAAGCAGAUUCUCACAGAGCGAAAACAUGUUCUGCUCGUUGUGGAUAAUAGCUACGAUGACUUUCAAUCGGCCGUUCUCGCCGUCUACGACAAUCGAUAUUAUGCUAUGAGCAAGGGAGUUUUCACCUGGAUGUGUGAUGUCGAUGACACCACGACGUUGAAUGUAUGCUUGUCUAAAGAUGCUUCCAGAAACUGGAUCCCUGGUAUAGCCGGGAGUGACGCGCUUAUGCUGGGAGGUCAGGGCAAUGCACCGGUGCGUUAUUGCUAUUCGCAAACGGCCAACACAGAUGAGCAGUGUAAAUUGCAUGUUGUUCCCGUGUUUCUGGGGAUUGUCAUUGCCUGCAAUGUUCUCAAGAUCGCUUCCGCUCUAUGUGCCUUAUACAUCACCAAGAAAGAUCCACCGCUAUGCACCAUCGGGGAUGUCAUUCAGUCGUUUCUCAAGAACCCAGAUACACACACCCAGAACCGCUGUCUCGUGUCUAAAGAACACUUUGAACGGUUACGGCCCUCGACGGCCAGAGGGUGGAUUCCUCGUGACGCCAAUGGCUGGGAGAUCUGGUCGGGCAAACGGUAUCGAUGGUUCAAAGCCAUUAAUAAAUGGCAAUUGUUCGUCUAUUUCGUCACCGUGACAGUCUUGGUUAUUUACGCAGGGACGUCCUUUGGGAUUGGUUCGAGACAAACAAGCUGGAGUGCCAUAGGGAACGUUGGCUUUGCUCGUCCGGAUACACGGUUCGAGCUGGUAUGGCCGGGAACAUCCAAUGUCCUUGUUGCCUUUAUCCGCACCAACAUCCCGCAGGUCGUUGUUUCGUACAUCUACCUGACAUUAAACAACAUGAUGAGUGGCAUUCUGGUCAUGGCCGAGUGGUGUGGCUAUUCAAUUGCAUCAGGCAAACCAUCAAAGGGCCUCCGGGUCUCAGCCCCUGUUCGUGAUACCAACCAGCGCUCUAAUUAUUUCCUCUCUGUCCCGUACAAAUGGAGCAUUCCAACCACCAUCAUCAUCACCACCAUUCACUGGCUCGUCUCUGAAAUGAUCUUCUUUACGCAAGUCGACGUCUAUCUCAGCGACCCCGGCCAGAUCCUCACCAACAACCAUGUCUUUUACUCACCUCUUGCCAUGCUUCCUGCUGUCGUCCUCGCUUCAGCAGUCGUCAUCGGUCUUCUGGCCCUGGCAAUCUUCCGAAAAUACCCCGGUUCUAUGCCAUUAGCUGGAGGCUGUAGCGCAAGCAUGGCUGCCGCCUGUCAACCUUCGCGCGUGUUUGAUAACGGGUCAGCGCAGUCUACCUUCCCCCAGGACCUGGCGAAUGAGAAGCUCAAAUGGGGGGUCGUUCAUGAUCCGGAUGGGGACUCGGGUGGGAUUGGACAUGCGACCUUUUCGGCUGAUGAGGUUACGCGGUUGGUGAAGGGGGGUUUGUAUGUUUGAGUUGUAUAUAGGUUUACACAUGUUUAAAUGGCACAUGGCGAUAUAGAGGAUUAAUGUUGAAUUGCAUAUACUGUAUAGAUAUUAGCAUUGGUUCUACAGACCCUUGUAACUCAUUUCUACAAAAGGAUAGACCAUAAACAGG